UGGUUUUGAGCAUAAUUUGAACCGUACUUGUCUUGCGGAAGACAGGUGUGAGUCACUUUUUAUCAAUGUAACAGAGAAAGAUGAACACAUUGUUGUUGUACAGAAUGGGAAGAAUGCAAUUGGAAAACCAUACAGGGAGAACCACCUGAACAAUCAAGCGUUACUAGAAUAUCAAAAACACAAGGAGAACAGUAUAAUUUGACAUUUAUGGUUCAAAACAAGAUCGAUGGGCUGCCAGCAGUUAAACUGAUAGAAGUAAACACUCGAGGUGAUGGAUUGGUUGAAAAUCAAUUUUACGACGGGUCUGUCAGUACCUUUUCAGAGGGAUAUUUGUUCAACUCAGACGAAGUAUCUGGAACCUUUGACAGUGAAAGGAAAUUCUAUCUGGUUGAAUAUGAUAGUGGUACUUUUUCAAAUGUCCCCGAUAGAUGUGGAGUGGCUUAUGUAACUUUUACAGGUUAUAAAUUUGAACUUUACUGGGUCAGUAAUGAAAGCUACGUCGUAAGAGGACUUGCUUAUGGUGAUGAAGAUAUAACUGUUGGAAAUGAAACUUGCGUCUCCAGUAAUCCAUGUUACAUGGAAGUAAAUAAAAGAGAUGAAGAUGUUAACAUUUGCAAAGAAAUAAAUAAUACAGCACCAAUUGGAGGCACCCUCGAGCAGUGUGAAGACCAAACGCCUUUAACUCCUUCAGAUCUUGAAGAAGACCCCGGACUCCUCCUUAUUGACAAUUCAAAUCUUACCUUGAGGUACACCGCAACUUCCAAUUUGAAUUACAACACAAAUGCUAGAUUUGAAGUCUUGGCGUUGAAUAUGGAUGGUCACAUGAUGUCGAAGGACCAAACCUUUGUCUGUGAGGAGAAUGUUGUUGGAGGAUGUUCGCUGAAUGUUACAUUACCGGAUGAAUCAGCAUUGGUAGAUUUCAUCAUUGUUUCCAUAGCAAGCAACAAAACUUUACUGGAAUCAAAAUCACAUGUCUUUGAAAAUGUACCUUUAGAUACCUGGUAUCUAACAGAGGAUGCUGUUAUUGCUGACUGGACACAAGGAGAAAAUGAAACUUUCUUAGCAUCAAUCAGGAUAAAAUCUGACCUUGAUAAUGAUAGGUAUUUACUUGAUCACAGUUGUGAAUCUUCGUCAUGUGAAUACUUUUUCAUCAUCGCAGACAAUGAGAAAUCUGAGUACCUUGCUGUCAUAAGUAAUGGUACAGAUGCAGUUGCAAAGACCAUUGUGAAAGGUCCACCAGACACAUCAACAAUUAAGAAGAUUUCUAAAAGUGUUAUCUCUGAUAACUCUGGUAGCACAACUUUCACUGUAAAUGGAGCAGAGUCUGUGCCAUCUAGAGCUAAGCUUGUAGAGGUUUCUGGAUCAGAUGAAGCUGUUGUAAACAUUUUGUAUGAUGGUAAUGUCAAUGUGGGAGAUAGCAGUAUCACAGUGGAAGAUAGCAGUGCGUACGAAUUUAUAACAUCUGAUAACAUAAGCUUUGUUGGCGAAAGGAAGUUCCUUUUGGUGGAAUACGAUGACGAAAAAGUUACGAGAGCUGCACCAGCGUAUGUAACUUUUGUGGAAGUUGCUGUUGACUUGGUGUGGAUAAAUGACACUACAAUCCUGAGAGGAAGGGUACAUGAUGAUAUAGAUGUCUCAAUCGGGGAUGAAAUUUGUAACAAAAGUAUAAGUCCUUGUUAUCACUCUGCUUUACCCCCUGAUGUCCAGUGUGUCCCUCUCUGUGUUCAAGCAGCGAAUCGUGCAAAAGGUCUCGAGGACAAAUUUGUAGGACUAUGUGAAGACGAAGAGCCUGACAUUAGUAAUGGUUUAACUGUAAAGAAACUGCAAUUGCAAGAAGAUGAGGGGGAAGAUCGUGGAAAUAUUACAUUAUCAGCUGCUUGCAUUGAGGGCAGUGAUCGUGUAGGAUUGGCACUUUUCUCCGCAGGAAAACCUCUAAAUAUAAAAGACAUCGAAUGCAUAAAAAUGAGUAAUACUACCUGUGAGAGUAGUUCUGUACCCCUUACAGAAUCAUCACAGUCUCUUGAUAUUGUGGUGGUUUGCACAAGUGGAGAGAAUGUAACUGCAUCUGGACAUAUCAAUGUUGAUCAUUUGAAAUUCAAUGUUAGUAAACUAGAUGACAGUUCAAUAGUAGUUUACUGGACAGCAGCAAAUGCUGAAGAGUACAUUGCUACUCUUGAAGAAGUUCAUCAAGGUACGCUUCUUCGGAUGGCUGGAAAAUCGUCCUCAGAAAUUCUCUGUGAUAGUGAGGAUUCCUGCUAUUCCACCUUUUUUGAUCUUGAUCCAAAUACAAAUUAUCAGCUGUCUGUCCACAAGGAAGGAGAUAAUUCAUCUUCCACGGGAACAAAUAUUGAGCCACUGAAAGACCAAGUAUCAGCAAGCACUAUUCUAAUUACCAAAGUCAGCCGAGUAGAUGACCACACGACAAAAGUUUAUUUGGCUGAAAAAUGUGAUCAUGAUCAAGUAAAUAUAUUGGUAAAAGUACCACCUAAUGAAGACAAUCCAACUGAUGUAUCUGGAGAAGGGAUGGAAACUGACUUCACUCAUAAAAUUUUUGAAUUCUCCCAUGAUAUUAGUAUAUUCGACAAGAAACAUGCUGAUUUCACUGUGUUGGAUAAGAAAAAUGAUAUAUUGUCUGGAACAGGAACUGCACGUCUUACUUUAAAAAAGCUUGAUGUCAAAGUAGCUUGGGUUGGAGCUGAUAAGUUUAACAGCGGUGCCUCCCUUCGUGUCGAUGUUGGUAGUCAAGACAAAGUCAACUUGGGCAACUUAAUUUGUGAAAAGGAAAGCAGCCCUUGCUACUUUCUUGAACUCGAAUAUGGUGACUAUCCUGAAGACUUUGAACGCUGUGUUGAUGUAACUGAAAAAAUUAAGCAGUGUGAUGAGGAAGUUACCCCAUUUACAGCCAUGGAUCAAAAAGAUGUUAACAUUACCCUUGAAGACAACGUGUUGGAAGUUGUGGCAACUCUGUCAGAAUCUGAGGCAAAGAUUGAACUCAAAGUUUAUGACCCAAGUAACCCAGAAACAGUUUUCUCCGAAGGGAAUGUCACUUGUAAAAAUAUGAUGGAAGAUAAGGACUUGCUGUGCACACAACCUGUAGGGUUACCAAAUGGUCAAAGUGAUUUGAAAGUUAUGGUCACAGAAAUUAGUAGUAAAGGCAUAGCUCUCAAGUCAGUUAUUUUGAUAGUCGAUGUUCCAGCAGCUUCAACUGGUGCGGCGAGCUGGGUGAUUGCUGUUUCUGUCUUAAGUGCUCUCAUUAUUACUGCCAUAGGAUCAUACCUCAUUGUUGUUAAUGUGAAGAAGAAGAAAUCACGUGACUGGGAAUCAAAUGCUAUUGCAGAGCAGGUGGAAGCUAUAGACAAUAUAUAUUCUGAGAUAGAUCCAUCCCAAGGUAAUCAGAAACCACACAUGCCAUCUAGAGAAAACAGUGAUAGCACAUCUGAAAGUAGCAUUACUUUGCCAGAGAGGCAAAUCAGCAGUCAGAGACCUCAUACACCAGACAGAAGGCAGGAUUAUUUCUCAGAGAGACCGUUCUCAAGAGGGAGAGCUCCUAUUCCUUUAGCGAGCAGAGGUGGCUUCCCUGAUGGACGUUUCUCCCACAGUCAGUCACCAAAUGAGUUGCUUGACAGGAGACCACCGAUUUACCCCAAGCCUCAGUUAGGCCACCGUAACAAGGCCUUUGUUUCUUCAGAAUCAGACGGUAUAGGUGAUUUGCAACCCAUAAGGCAGCAAAAGGUUCAGUUGUCAUCAAAAAUUAAUUUGUCAUCCUUUCAAAAAAUGGCAGGAUACCAGCAGUCACGCAUAUGAAAAGUUCCAGUACAUCAGUCAUAAACUGUGAAAAUUCUUACUGUAGAAUUAUGUUCAUAUAAGUAAGAAAAAAAGUUGUAAGUAGUGAGGGUUAAUGUUCUUUUUUUUUUGUAAUAUAGUGAAGGUAGCUCAGAAGAAUUUUUGUAUCUUUGUAUGGAAUUCUCAAGAGAAACAUUAUGUCUUUUGUUAUUUAUGGGUACGUACUUUGAACAUGCUUUAGUAAAGGAAUUCUGCUUUAUUUUACUACAUGUUCUUUUAACAUGCAAGCAUUAGCUACGUAGUAUUCUUAGUUAACGUACGUACUAUCUUGCUUAUAGUGGGAAUUAUUUUUUUGAUACUUUGUUGCAUUUUACAAUACUGUUGGGGCAAAAUGGAUUUGAUAUUGUUUAGAAGUUUAAUUGUAUGUAUUCAUAGAUAUCUCAGUUGAUGUUGUGAUAUCAGAAGUUUUGAUAUGCUAAUGAACAGGUGUACUAGAGGCAAUUUCAGUAUUUGGAUGGAUUCUCAUUAGUUUCAUUCCAGUUGUUAGAUACCCUGCUUACCCCUAUUUUGUAACAAUAGCGUGGUAUCACAGAAGUUAUAAUUGUAACCAUAUUAGCUAUGGUAUACGUACUGUCUACAGUACACUAGCUUUGCAGAUUUAUUCAUGUAGACAUUAAAUGAUGUUAAGACCUGUUAGUUUUAUAACUAAAUGACAAGCUAAAUUAAUUUUUUCAUAAUAGAUACUACAUAUAUUGCUUAACUCAGUCUAAAUGCAGUGUCCCUUCAGCCCCUUUUAUCACUUUUUACUGUACCUCCAUUCAUAUUAUCUUUCUUUCAUCUUGCUUACCUAUCAGUCACUCCCGUUUAAUGAGUGAAUCUCCUCCAACAUUGUGUCCAACUUGUCAUAGCCCUCUUUCAGUAUCCCAUAUAAUCCUUUCCUGCCCCCAACACAGUCGCACGCAGCAGAGCAUUUCCAAGCCUAACUUCUCUUUCCCGUCCACCUUAAAGCCUUCAAGAUAUUCUCGCUGAAGCAGAACACCUCUCCAUAGAAAGUGUAAUCUACUUCCUUCAACAACUAAACAUUCUUCACCAAAUAUGACCUAUCAAUCACUAACUUUGACCAUACUUUAUCUGAAAAUAGCAUUACAUAGCACCAUAUGGUAUGACCUGGUUCUUGAUGGGUAUUUUUUCCAUUCAAUUUCAAUUCUUUAUUUUUCUAUUUCUAUCCACCUUCUAACAAUUAUUUCUUAGUGCAAAUGUGAGGUUUUCCUCCUCUAACAUCUCUCAAACCUACCUACUCUCAAUUUCCUUUCCAGCGCUGAAUGACUUUAUGGAUCCCAGAACACGGCCUAAACUCUAUACUAUUCCAUUCCAGUGCAUACUGUUUAUAACAAUAAAUUUUUUUCUAGUUCAAAAAUAUUCCUUAAAAGUGUGUAGUGUACCAUUAUAUAUCUAUAUAUGUGUGAUUUGUAUACAUUAUGUAGUAAUGUUAUUACAGAUUGUUAACAUUAGUUCACAUUGCUUAAAAAUGGCCACAAGUGUUUGCCAUUUAAAGAUAGCAUCUAGAUAGAUUUAAGCUGAAUUCAUAUAACUGAGAAAACUGUAGAGUCAGUGGCAUAUUCAUCAGAUCAAGAGGUAUAACGGUCUAAAAAUGUUGCUAGAAGCUGAAACCUAAUGUUAAAUGGUGAAUUUGUGAGGAUUUAGCAUUUGUGAAUGUCCAAGUGUUGGAUCAUUCCUAAUUUUUCAGUUUAGUUCUUAAUUUAUUUGUCUGCUUUCUGUAAUUAUACGUUGACAAUAGUAUUAACAACACCAAAAUAUAAUAAUGGAAGUGUC